ACACUCGGCGGCCGCCGGCGCAGCUCCUGCUUCCGAACUGACCGAGCGACUGACUGACUCGUAGAGUCCCGAGCACUAUGGCCUCUGCCGGGUUAGCCGCCGGGCGACAAGCCGAGGACGCGUUACCGCCGCCGGCCGAGCCGCCGCUGCCCGAGACGAAGCCUCAGCCGCCGCCGCCGGUCGCCGCGCCGCAGCAGCCGUCUCCGGCGACAAGGCCGCCGUCCCCCGCGGCCAUGAAGGAGGAGAGCUAUUCCUUCUUACCUCUGGUUCACAACAUCAUCAAAUGCAUGGACAAGGACAGCCCAGACAUCCAUCAGGACCUGAACGCCCUCAAAACCAAGUUCCAGGAGAUGCGAAAGGUCGUCAGCACCAUGCCUGGCAUCCACCUGAGCCCUGAGCAGCAGCAGCAGCAGCUGCACAGCCUCCGGGAGCAAGUCAGGACCAAGAACGAACUUCUGCAGAAGUACAAGAGCCUCUGCAUGUUUGAGAUCCCCAAGGAGUAGAUGAGGCGAGCUUUGAGGAGUGUCCGAGGAGGAACGGAAGAGCGAGCGAAUGGCCUCACUGCCCCUGCCCCCAGUGGGGUCUGUGAAGUGUGGUUCCCUCGGACCCCAGCUCUGAACUUUGCAGCUGGCUGGGGCUGCGGGGCUACUGUGCUGCUUCCUUAGCUGAGCUUGGUAUUGCCUGUGAGAGGAGCCAGCCUGGGAGCUUGGCUUUGUGAGAGCUUCCAUGUGUACAGAUACAUGUAUGACUGUCCUAGAGGCUGCAGCGGGGAUGGAGGCCUCUACGCCUACCUCUGGGGAGGGGCUGCCUGCUCUGGGUUCGGCUCCACGGGUAUAGCUGAAGAGCAGAGCGGGAAGGAAGGCCCCUCCUCUUUGCUUCCUGCCUCCCUGCUCCUCUGCCCCCUGGGUGUGGCCAGUGCGUGCGGGAUACACACUGUUCCCCGCCUGACAGCAGCGCUGUGGGACCUUCGCACAGACCCCGCUGGGCAGCUAGGCCUGUGUACACGUGCUGUGGGUUCAACACGGGGACGGAAGGCGGGCUGUGAGAGAGUUCUGAAAGGCUCCAGGCUGGCUUUUUCUCCUGAAAUUGUUUGUUUUAUGUUUGAGCCGGUGACUAUAACUGCGUCCACGGGGGUGUCCGCUAGAGCCCUGCCAGGUGGCCUGUGUCCAGGUUCUUGGCCACCUACGUGCUCUUGUUACUUUUAGCUCUUGCUUCCUUAGUCUCCUGUCAUCUUCAGGCAUCUCAGUUGAGCCAAUUAAUGCCCGAGACUGGCCACCCACUUCACACCUAACAGGGCGGGAGGGCGCUGUUUCUGCGUAGACUCGGGCUUCCAGGGGCACGGGCCUUGCCAGAUAUGACCUUCCAGUUCCGGUUCUGUUGUGAACGGCGGGCAAGCUAGGCCUGGAAGUUACGCCACCAAGUUCUGGUUUAUAAAAUGUUUACAAACCCCCCUAAUUUCCUGCAGGUGGGACGUUAUAUUUGCCUCUUAAGGAUCAGGCGAGAAUAGUAACUGAAUAUCAUCUAAAUCUAGAAAUGAGCGCACAACCGCUGCUGACCAGCUCAGGGGCUUACCAGGCGCCUGCUGGCAGGCCUCGUGGGCGGGUGGCUGGAGGUGUUUCUGGCAGGGGUUCCAUCCAUGUGGCCCUGCAGCCACCUGUCGGAUGGCAGGCCUGCUGGGAACUCAGGGAUGUGUGAAGGGGGAUAUCCAGUUUCAGUGGCUUUGGACAGAAAAGCAGACUCUGAAUUUAAGUGGGUAGUCACCUAUUAAACUUCUACCUUGGGACCAUUAUUUAACUGAAUCAGUUAUUUUCUUGAAAUUUCACAGUAGUGUGUGGGCCAGUUUUCAGGCUUUGACCAAAUACCAUGAAACAUGAAGCACAUAGAAAUGCAGGACCACCGGGGCCUUUCUGUAAGGCUGAAAUUUCACUGUUACGCCUUGUGAUGUGUUUCAAGAGUAUA